GGAUCUAUAAUAUUUUGUUGGAUUUGAAUGGUUGUUUACAAGUAAUGUCUCCAGUUACGCUUAGAAAUGAAAACAAACCACAACUACCCAAUAACUUAAGUAGAGGUAAAUCACAGAAGUUAUCAUUAGCUAAAGAUUCUAUACAAUCUAAAAAUCACACCAAUUUUAUUCCCAAUAACCAUUCAACAGUAUUUUCAUCUAAAUUAAAAGAAACACCGGUAACAUCAAAAUCAAAUGAUAUACUUGAUAAUCGUCUUAAUCAAUUAGAUGAUUCUACAAAAGAAUUAUUAUCAUAUUAUCGUCAUAAAGUGGAAACAUUAACUGAAGAUCAUGAAACUGUUCAACGUCGUUUAGAUAAAAUUUAUGAUGCUAUAGGAAAUCAAGAAUCACUUAGUUUAGAAUUAAAUCAACGUGAUGCUGAAAUUUCAGAAUUACAAAGAGCAUUAUCUGAUAUGCAGGUUUAUCUUUUUCAAGAACGCGAACAUGUUUUACGUUUGUAUGCCGAAAAUGACCGUUUGAAGAUUCGUGAGUUAGAUGAUCGACGUAAAAUACAACAUUUAUUACAAUUAUCCAAUUUAGGACCAAACGAAAUCACUUAUUUUUUAAAACAACCUAACAUUGAAUCACAAAAUGUAGUUAAUCAAGAAACAGUUGAUAAUGAAAAUGGUGAACAUUUCAUUGAUGACGAGAAUAGAAAAGCGGACAGAAACACAGCAUGGAUUUCAGCUAUGGCUGUUAAACCGAUCAUUCCAACAGCUCCUUCUCAGGGUGUUAUGGAAUUUACUGCAUCAGGAAAAACAAUUUUAAAACCAAGCGGAAGUCAAAUUAAAUCGGACCAUAAAGUUUGUUCUGAUCCAUCAGAAUCGUCUAAAUCAGAUACAGUUUCUCGAAUAGAACAUGAAGCUGUGCUAAGAGAACUUGAAAUGUCAAAAUCUUCUCUAAGAGCACUACAAACCCAAUUGGAAGAACAAACACGCAAUGCUCGUGAACAAAUUGAUUCAUUAAUGGAAGAUCGUAAAGCAAUACAGGAAGAGAUGAACAGUUUACGUAAACGUCACGAGGAAAAAAUACGCAUUUCAUCAGAACAACUUAGACACUGUCAAGGAUUGCUAUAUGACAGCACUAAGGAAUUUCUAGCACAAAGAAAUCAAUUUCGUCAAGCUGAAAAGGUUUGGAUAUUGGAAAAAGAUAAACUUUUAAGUCAACUCAGUGUUAAAAAAUUGAAUUCUUCUAGUGUUACUCCAUCAACACUGUCUCGAUCCGUGAUGCAAUUCAGGUUUUUUAGGUCUCACGGCGGCUACUACAACUUUAGACCGCUGAUUUGGAAUUCAGUGUCCUAAUAUCAUGUUGAAGGUCAUUGGUGUGGACGUUGUUGGAGAAUCCCUCAAUAUGACAUAGUGGAGAUUUGUAGCUCAGGUGGAUGAUUUUGACGAAGCUUCGUCCUCUAAAGUGGAUGGUUUGGUCGUGAAGCUCUCGUUUUUCUUCUGAACAAUGUCAGGACAAACUUAAGGUAGAAGUGAAGUAUAUGAAUUUCUCUAAAUAUGACUCAGCUUGUCUUAUUGACCACGACCUUGAUUGGUUAUUGUUGACCUCUAACCUGCCAUUGUCUACCUCUGUUUUGAUUGUAUCUCACUUUGAUUUGAUUCUUG